AUGCUGCGCCUGCGUACGCCGCACUACGUGCUGCUGCUGCUCGCCCUGCCGCUCGCCUACCUGCUCGUGACGCACAUCCACGACGUGCGCGACACGCUCUCCUACAGCACGCGCCCGCUGUGGGAUGCGCCCGAGGUGCCCGGCCGCCUGCUGCCGCACCUGCAGGCCGCCGGUGUGGCCGCCGACGAUGCUGCGGCGUGCGCGCGCCACGGCUGGGCGCUGCGCCCGCAGCGCGCCCGCGUCGUCGAUGCCACGCUCCUCUCGACGGAGAUCGAGAUGCUCGAGAUCCGCCUCGCCGAGCUCGACGAGCACGUCGACCUCUUCGUCGUUGUCGAGAGCGACCACACGCUCAUGGGCGCGCCCAAGAACCUCACAUUUCCGGCGCAUGCGGCGCGCUUCGAGCGUUGGCAGCACAAGCUGCUGUACCGCUCGCACCGCGGCCGGGCCAUGACCUCGAGCGACGGCGCCUUUACGCUCGUCAAUGAGCUGCGCAAGGAUCUCGAGACGCUCGUCCGCGCCGAGGCCAAGCUCAGCCCAUCAGACCUCGUGCUGCUAGCCGAUAUCGACGAGCUGCCCUCUGCGCAGACGAUGGCGCUGCUGCGAGCGUGCGCGGCGCCGUCGCCGCUGCAUCUCGAGCUGCGCUCCUACGUCUACUCCUUCGCCUGGCGUGCCGGCGAGGGCUCGUGGCGCGCCGCCGUCGAGCAGUGGGGCGCCGACGGCGUGCACUUUGGGCAUGGCAAGCGCACCGAGGACAUGCUGGCCGAUGCGGGAUGGCACUGCAGCUGGUGCUUCCGCACGCUCGCUGAGUUUGCACACAAGAUGCAGGGCGCCUCGCACGCCGACCGCCUCUUCCACCGCGUCAAUUGGCGCUCCUUCUUGACGCCGGAGCGGAUACAGCGCAAGAUCUGUGCGGGCGAGGAUCUGUUCGACAUGCUGCCAGAAGCCUACUCCUUCGCCGCGCUCCUGCAGUUCUGGCACGGCGCCGAGGCGACGCAGAGCGGCGUCGGCCUGCCACGUGCCGUCGUGCAGGAGCCGCAGCGCUUUGCCUGGCUGCUACCCGGCGGGUGCAAGCGCGAGCCGUAG